AUGAAGCUCUCAACGCUCCUCCCUCUCCUCCCGCUUGCCACAGCCUCCGCUCCGGCCUCACCAGGCCUCUCCUACCUCGGCCACGCAAGCAUCGCCGCCUCCGCCCCUUUCAGCAUCGGCUCCAGCACCUUUGGCAGCCGUACCGUCUUCCCCCUUGCCGGCGGGACAUUCAUCGGUCCUCUCUUCAAUGCCACCGUUCCUGCCUAUGGAGGUGACUGGGGUCUGGGCAAUCCAGCCGCGGGCAACUUUUAUGUCGACGCUCGGUAUCAAUUGAAAACUACCGAUGGCGUAGACAUCUACGUCUCGGCCAACGGCCCGCAGCAACCUGAGGGUGUGUUGCAUACCAGGGUCAGGUUUGAGGCUGGAUCAGACACGCCGUAUGGGUGGCUGAGCGGAAUUGUGGCGGUGGGGAUUACUACGCCGGUGGUGGACGAGGAUGGGCAAGUGGAAGGAAUCGAGAUUGAUCUUUGGAGGAUGACUAGUCCGAGUACGAUUGCGGGCAAGGGGAAGAAGGGGAAGAAGACGCGGAGGGUCUAGAUGGCGGGUGAGUGUGAGAAAGUUUCUAGCGGCAUG